CUGUCAGUCUGUGACGAGCUUUCCAGAACAGUGUGUGUUUAGGUUCUGUGAGAUGUCCAGAUACGGUCGGCACGGAGGAGAGACUAAAGUUUACGUGGGGAACCUGGGCACUGGUGCAGGGAAAGGCGAACUCGAGCGGGCUUUCGGUUAUUACGGGCCUUUGAGAACUGUGUGGAUCGCCAGAAACCCUCCAGGAUUUGCCUUCGUGGAGUUUGAUGAUCCCAGAGACGCUGAGGAUGCCGUCCGUGGCCUCGAUGGCAAAGUGAUCUGUGGAACCCGUGUGCGUGUAGAGUUAUCGACAGGAAUGCCGCGCCGCUCCCGUUACGACCGCCCGCCCACUCGGCGCCCCUUCGACCCUAACGACCGUUGCUAUGAGUGCGGUGAGAAGGGGCAUUACGCGUACGACUGUCACCGCUACAGCCGCCGCAGACGGAGCAGGUCUCGUUCUCGCUCGCGCUCUCGCGGAAGGAGGUAUUCGCGGUCCCGCUCUCGCAGCCGCAGCCGAGGCAGGAGGUCGAGGUCCUUCUCUCCUCGCCGCUCUCGCUCCGGCUCUCCGCGGAGGUCCAGGUCUGGCACACCCAGAAGGUCCAGGUCUAGAUCACGAUCACGAUCCAGAUCUCGCUCUCGCUCUGCCUCUCAUCCGAGGAGCAGAUUAGGCUCUGUUGGGAGAUCCAGGUCUGGUUCUGCAGCUAGGAGUCGCUCUCCUUCUCAAAGCCCCGGCAGAAGCAAGAGCCCAGAACGAGACGACUGAGGAUCCUUCAGCGAUCUUUUUGUUUUGUGUUGUGUGUGUUUUUUUUUUCUUUCUUAUCUUUCUCUCUAUAUUUGUUUGUUUGCAUCUCAGUUUGAAAUUGAAGAUUGCUUUUAUCCCCUCCAACCCCCCCCCCCCCCAUAUCUUGUUUACAUGACCAACAUGGUCAUUCACUUCAGUACAGGUAAAUCUGAAAAAUAAAGAAAGUGUGUGUUGCAUUAUAUUCCAUAGGUCCGAUAUUAGGGAUGACCUUUUGUGCGGUGUUUGUUUAUAGAAAUAAGAAAUCAUUGUGUAUUUCUUAUUGAACACAGUAGAUGCUGUUUACAGUACAAAUAGGUUUGGAUUGCCUUUUUAUUUUAUUUUAUUUAAACAUGCUUAGUAAAUUGAGUUCACAUUUCACAAAAAUGCACCCUGGUUCAUUAUUUUCAACGCAUCGAUCUGAUUCCUGCCCGUAGGUGGCGCUGUGGUUUCGACUUUAACACCAAAUCACGUGAAAUCUCUCCGUGGGUCGAUGCAGCUGCGUUCUGUUAUUCGCCUACACAAAUACCCAGGAAUAUCUGGUUUUUAUGGACCAUCUCCAUGAGGUCAGGACUGCAUAAGGGAUUGUAUUGAUUUUUGUUUACACAAGUCGUAGAUCAUUAACAAAAUUGUAUCACAGAUGUGUAAGGUUAAGGAAGCGAGGAAAUGAAAAGACGUCGGUUUUCACUCUUUAAACGUGUCACAAGUUGCGGGUGAAGAGAGUGAAGCUAGGUGGAGUGUGUAUGUGUAUAUAUCUUUAUUUGAUCUUGAUUGUGUGAACUGCAUUCGCAAGUGGAGCAUCUGUCAACCUGUGGUGUGUGGCACAACAUCUGUUUAAAGAGACCCCUGAGAGUUUUUCUUUCUUUCUCACCUCCACCCCAUUGCCGCUCAGUCAGCAUAGAGAAGAAAAGGGUGAGCCAAUGCAUCUGUUAGUUUUUUUUUUUUCUUUCCUUUUUUAAUCUCCAUCAUGAUGCUAAGCCACAGAGACAGCCUGCGUUCUUUUAAUAGCCCCAUUAGCUGAAGGCAAAAUGUCAGCCACCUAAUGUGAUCCGAGCCGUGCGCGGAUCAGAGCUGAUGCGACUCUGAUGGAGGAACAGCAGGGCGGAUAUGGCCUUCCGAGGCACACGAGCGUGGAAACGAUUAUGAGGGACAUUUAUUUAACGAAUCAGGGUCAUUCAUUCAUUCAUUUAGUGCCAUUAUAGCGACUGUAUAUCCGGUCAUCACAUUAAAGGCUUGUUUACAGAGCUAAUGGGGGUUUGAUCUUCUGACUGCUAAUACUCGGAACUAGGGCUGGGCAGUGUAACUAGUAUAUUAUAGCAAUAUCGCGAUACAGAUACAUACACCGAUCUGCCAUACCAUUAUAACCACCUACAUAAUAUUGUGUAGGGCCCCCCCCCUUGGGACUCGACAAGACCUCUGAAGGUGUGCUAUGGUAUCUGGUACCGAGACGUUAACAGCAGGUCCUUUAAGUCCUGUAAGUUGCAGUGUGGGGGCUCCAUGGAUUGGACUUGUUUGUCCGGCACGUCCCACAGAUGCUCGAUUGGAUGGAGAUCUGGGGAAUUUGGAGGCCGACUCAACACCUUGAACUCUUUGUCAUGUUCCUCAAACCAUUCCUGAACAAUAUUUGCAGUGUCUCAGGGCCUCAGUGAAAGAGACCGCUGACAUUAGGGAAUACUGUUGCCAUGAAGGUGUGUACUCGGUCUGCAACAAUGUUUAGGUAGAUGGUACGUGUCAAAGUAGCAUCCACAUGAAUGCCAGGACCUAAAGUUUCCCAGCAGAACAUUACCCAGAGCAUCACACUGCCUCCGCCGACUUGCCUUCUUCCCAUAGCACAUCCUGGUUCCAUCUCUUCCCCAGGUAAGCGACACACGCACCCAGUCCACACGAAGUAAAAGAAAACGUGAUUCAUCAGACCAGGCCAUCUUUUUCCAUUGCUCCAUGAUCCAGUUGUAAUGCUCACGUACCCAAUAUAGGUGCUUUCGGAGGUGGACAGGAGUCAGCAUGGGCGCUCUGACCAGUCUGUGGCUACACAGCCCCAUACACAUCAAGCUGUGAUGCACUGUGUGUCCUGACACCUUUCUAUCAGAGCCGGUGUUAACUUUUUCAGCGAUUUGUGCUACAGUAGAUCUUCUGUGCGAUCGGACCAGACGGGCUAGUCUUCGCUCCCCAAUCCUUUGGGCCCAUGAUCCUGUCACCGGUUGACCGGUUGUCCUUCCUUGGACCACUUUUGGUAGGUACUAACCACUGCAUACCGGGAACACCCCACAAGACCUGCUGUUUUGGAGAUUCUCUGACCCAAUCGUCUAGCCAUCACAAUUUUUCCCUUAUCAAAGUCGCUCAGAUCCUUGCGCUUGCCCAUUUUUCCUGCUUCCAGCACAUCAACUUUGAGAACUGACUGUUCACUUACUGCCUAAUAAAUAUAUCCCACCCAUUAACAGGUGCCACUGUAACGAGAUAAUCAACGUUAUUCACGUCACCUGUCAGUGGUUUUAAUGUUAUGGCUAACAGUUGUACUUUUGAUAACAUCUAAAUUAAUUCCGUUGUAACUCACAAUAACAAGUAGCUGAUUGGAUGUCCUUCCUUCUUUUUGCAGCAGCUACUUAAUAUUUCCUUCACUUCCUCUUUAAAUAGUGUAGGAAGGUUAAACUUAAAUAAGAAUCAUGGGUAAUGUAAUAACUAGGCAAGUGAAAGCUCCAGUGUGUUUGUCUGGUCCCAUGUUUUGGUUCCCCUAAAACUGGCGAGACUAAAAUAUUGUUGCUAACAUAAUGUAAUAACGUACGGCAAGCUAGUUAUCUAAUUAAUCCGCUAACAACAUUUCCAUCUUCGCGUCACACACCAAAAUAUAUAUUAUUCUGAAAGUCUGGCUUGUGUCUUUAUUUAUUUUCUCUCUCUGCGUGUAAUAUAUUAACUGCAAGAUAUUUGCUAGCCGGAGAGUUGUGUGAAGAGUUUGCACCGAGUUUCAUCAGUUUUUCCACAUUCCAAUGUUCCUGCUCUUUAAAAGCUCAUUGGUCAUGUACCCACACUAAUUCAGAACAAGCAGUCUGCUUUAUAGUUACAGUAUCGAGCUGCUCAGCUCCGCUGUGAAGGGCAUUGCAUCUAAAUAUGCAUACCAAAUGAAAACAUCAAUAAGGAGUAACCCCCCUACCCCCCCUAGCUCUGGUGAUUCAUAUGGGUUGCAGUUAUGGCAUACAGAUUUGAAAAAUCUACUGCACUGUAAACCCCCAAACCUCACAAUACGCAAUGUUUCCAUGCAUCGUGGCAAUUUCUUAAGAUAUCGUCAUGUCUUUCAACCCUACGUAUAACUAUCUCUGCACUCACAAUAGG